CCGUGUGUUUGAUUACCGUAAAUAUUCGACAAUUUGCGCAAGACCCCAUUUUCUUUUAUUUAACAACGUCUAAAUUGUCCACUGAAACAAUAUAACGAACACUAUAUCGUGUCCUGUAACUAUUAGCGUUAUCUCUUGACUUCAUAUGUAUCUUAAAGUCCGCGCUGGAAUAAUAAAUCGAUAUAAUAAUGAUUAGUACGUGUUGUAAUGUUAGAAGAAUCACGGUAUUACUCAGUAAACUACACGGAACCAAGUCGAUUUCAAUACGAACAGCGACCAUAAACUCACACAACACGUCAAAGUGAUAGUUCGUGUUGAAAAAACAAAACAAAACAAAACAAAACCAAACAAAAAAAGUCAAACAAACAAAAUUAUUCAACAUGACAGAAAUGUUUUCAUCGCUUUACAGCCAAACUGAAGCUCAGGGACAUUCGGGUCCUUCAGCGCUGGGGUUCGGUUCUGGGAAACCACUUCCACCGCCGGUCCCACAGAACCCAGUGCACAUGGCGGUGCCCAUUCCACACCAACUAGUAGAUGAGGGACCUCCGCUCCGAAAGCCUGCAGCCAUGAACGAGCCCUUUUACUUAGUGCGAGAACUGCCAAUGGAAAAUGAGCUGACUGGAAACACCAACCUCAUCACCCACUACAAUCUGGAACACGCGUACAACAAAUUUUGUGGCAAGAAAGUAAAAGAGAAGCUCAGCAACUUUCUCCCAGAGCUACCUGGUAUGAUAGACACUCCAGGUCAUCAGGAUGGAAGUUCUUUGCGUUCCCUUAUUGAAAAACCACCAGUUUGCAACAACUCCUUUAGUCCUCUUACUGGAACAAUGCUCACUGGAUUUCGGCUACAUACAGGCCCUCUGCCUGAGCAGUACAGACUGAUGCACAUUCAGCCCCCAAAGAAGAAGAGCAAACAUAAACACAGACACCAUCGACCCCAGGACCCCUUACCCCCAGAAACCCCGUCAGACUCAGACCACAAGAAAAAGAAGAAGAAAAAGGAUGACGAUCCUGAUCGAAAGAAAAAGAAGAAGGACAAGAAGAAAAAGAAGAACCGUCACAGUCCUGAUCACCCUGGUAUGACCAGCUCUCAACCCAGCAGCAGCAGUCUGAGAUAGAAGCACACAGGAUGAGAGACUCAGAGAGACUUUACUGUAAAUAGCAUUAAGGACAAUUGGGGAAAGUGGUUAUUUUAAUGAGAGUAUAAGCAGUGCAAGACAUUUUUUUUAAAACUUGUGUAUGUUACUCGUGUAUUUGUUUUGGAUGAAACAACAAACCAUACUGCCACAAACCAUAUCUGUUACGUCAGUAAUUUUAUGUUUAUUUAUGCAAUAAAUAAUUAAUAAGGAAAAAGCUGUCAUGGACACUAUGACACUGAACAUCUUCAUUAAUCAGCAAAACACAGCAAUUUUUUUA